UCUAGAUAACAACGAUAUUGAAACUGCGCCAGAAACCGAAAUUUUUGUUCUGUAUCAUUUAAUAGAGCUUAUUUUUGCCAAAAUCCCCAUUCAGUUUCGCUGAAGUCAAAGAAAUUUAAACGAGAAUAACAAAUGACAACAGAUCCUACGUAACUAUAUAUUAUAACUACGUAACCAUAUUCAUUUUUAAAAUAAUUAAAUAAGAAGUAAACGUCACUCGGUAAACUAGAAGACAAUUUUAUAAAAUAGAGAUAACUCGUACUACAUAGUUACAUCAUGCGUAAUUGCAUCAUCGUUUCUAGCAUCCGUUCGAAUAUUAUUCAAGCGCCCCAGAGAUUUCGUUUUGUCCAAGAAUACUUUGAAUAAAUUAUAAUAGAUCCCAAUAUAUUUUACACUUCCGUUAUACUCAUGUGUCACUUCCUUGUGCUUUCGUCCUAUUUCUGAUUUUUCAAUUAAAAAUAAAAUCUAAAUAUAGAUUCGAUACGUCAUUGGUAUGGGGGAAACUUCUUUGUUCCGCUAUAAAAGGGUCAAACAGUGCAGCUAAAUCAAUUAUAAUUUGUGCAAUUGAGAAAUAGAAAAUAUUGAACAAAACACUACAACGACAAUGACUAUGAUGUUCUCUUCGCCUGUUGCUGUUUUAAGAAAACUAAAAACUUCUGUUGUAUAUUUGAUGCUGUAUGGAUUUUUGUUGAAUGGAAUUGUUUGCCAUCCCACUGAAGACUUUGAUUAUAAUUUAUCAGAUGAUAUGAUUGUCGCUUUAAAUGAAUAUACAGAAUGUGGAGUGAAAAAUGAAGAUUUUUUUUCUGCAAAGUUCCGCUCCACAGGACCAUCAGAUAACAAAGGUGUGGGAAGAUGGCCAUGGAUGGCGUAUGUAUAUGAAAAACGUGACGAUAAAAUGUCUACGCAAAUUUGUGGAGGGACUUUGAUUGAUUCUCAACACAUUGUUACGGCAGCGCAUUGCAUUCAAUACUACAAUGAACCAGACAAGUACGGAUUGAUCUUGGGCGACAAUACCACGAUUAUCUACUCUGAAAGUGAAAAAUUGCUCGGAGUUUCUAGUGUUUUGCGACACGACAACUACAAUGAAACAACACUUGACAAUGACAUUGCUUUAUUACAGCUAAAAAACCGUGUCAUUUUCUCCGAGAACGUCCGACCAGCUUGUUUACCGCCUCAAGGACUUCAAAUUGAUGAAACAGAUUUGGCAUUUUAUUCUGAAUCUCAAGCAGGAAAACAGUGCACUGUACUUGCUAUGAAACAAUCAGAACAAAUCUGGCCGGAAACCAACAUCAUUCAUGAAUUGCAAGUUCCUAUUUUACCGCGUUUGCUUUGCACUUCGAUUACUGGCGGGAAGAACGCCAGUGAGUACGCAAACAGAAUGAUUCAUGAAAAUUCGCGUAAAUUUUGUGCUGGAGGAAUCGCCGGCGAAGAUUCUUGUUACGGUGACGGCGGUGCGCCACUUUUAUGUCGUGAUGAUACUGGAAAAUAUAUUCUACACGGAAUAACCUCAUAUGGACCAAGUCCAUGUGGACAAGAAAAUCUACCUGGUGUAUACACUCAGGUUUCUGAGUACCGGGAAUGGAUUGAAAUGCAUAGAAAAUAAAGAUAAUCACUUCACUGUUUUUUGGAAAAUAAUAUUUAUAUCAACUGAAUCGUGAUUUGUUUUAUAUUUAUUUAAGUUAAAUUUGUAUAAAAAUUAGUAUUUAUGUUAUCGUAUUAACAAACCAGUACAUGUAUUUAUUUAUUUAUUUAUUCAACUAUUUAAUAUUUACCAAUGAUUUUAAUAUUUACCAUAUACUUUUACUUUUCUAUUGUACUGUAAUAUAUUAUUAGUUUCAAAAUGUAAUUAUUGGUAUAUCAUUUGAGAUUCAAUCAUUUCAAAUAAAAAUUCACUGUUUUAAAACGGCACAAAUGGUUUUUGACGAACGUGCCCACUGUUUCGCAAUAUUAUCAGGUGUUAUACUUAACAAUAUUGUAAUUCUCUAUACUAAUAUUUAUAUAUCAUCUACACUUGAGAUAUUUGUAUUAUAAAGAAUAAAA